AUUAAUUUACAUAUUUGAAUAGCGGCAAUAUUUAAUAGGUACUGAACGUUACCUACCUACAUUAAUAACACAUCCACCAAACUUUGCUGUCUGGUGAAUGGAGCCUACUUUGUGAAUCAAAACGGCUAAGACAUACAUAACAGCCUCCCCCUCUCUCCUUUUGAAUUUCGUCAGUGACCUCAAAAAUAAAACACUUUUAAUUAGAAACGCCAUGGUUUUCAUUUAAUUGAAUUUCGUUCACUCAAUACACCCCGCGUAACUAGAUAUUUUUACGCGAAAAUACAUACACAAAUUGAGUAUAUAUUUUGAUGGCGGUCUAAAGUUGAACAAUAAAGAAAACAGUCUAAAAAUAAACACAAAAAGUUUGAAAAGAUGUAAUAUUUGCUCAAAAUGAACGUAUUUGAUAUUCGGUACCUAUUUCUCCUCUCUACAAGAAUCUGUGAUGAGUAAUGGAUGUACAAUUGUUUGGGAAUUGAAAUUCGUAACAUUAUUUUUUCCAAGCUAAAAAGGACAACCUCGUGGGAUCACGUGAUACAAGCCUCCGAGCCUCCGUUUAGUCCAACGCCAUACUCAUCAAAUUCGAAUGAAAAAUCAAAAUACAAAAUUUCUCCAAUGCAGUUUAAUCGACUGAAAUUGAGAAAAAUGAAAAUUUACGAUAUACGAAUAUUGUUUGCGUAUGUUGCUUUAUUUCAAACCAUGAUAUCAAAAUGUGAACCAACCUUGGGAUUCAUAUCAGGCAUUUCAAACGCGUUUACAUUAGUAAAAAACUGGUUACUACCGAAGGAAUUGAAAAUUUUUUUAUUAAUAUAUACUAGAAAAUUAAACGUACCGAUAAAACUGAACCUACCAGUACAAAAUGCAUCGCUAGUACGUGAGAUAAUAAGCAAUGAAAAACAGCUUGUACUCAUCAUUCACGGAUUUAUUACAGAUAGUGAAGUGCAAUGGACGAAGGACUUGACACAAGCUUAUCUCAAACAAAGAGAUGCUACUGUAGGUGUUGUUGAUUGGAGCAGUGGAUCUAAAACAAUAGCUUACUUCCGAGCGAUUAAUAAAAUACCCAAAGUAGCAGCACAAUUAAUCAGCUUUAUAGAAUAUUUAGUCAAAAAAUUUCACUUCAAGCCUCAAAACAUCCACAUCAUAGGACACAGUUUAGGUGCACAUAUCGCCGGAAAUGUUGGGAGAGGUGUUCCAUUCAUGCACAGAGUAACAGGUUUGGAUCCAGCAUCACUUUUCUCAGACGAUCCUUUAGAAGCACAAUUACGUAAGACUGAUGCUGAAUAUGUCGAUGUUAUUCAUACAAAUACUAUAUUGGGAAGCAGUGAACUUUUUGGCUCUGUAGAUUUCUACUUAAACAACUGUAAGCCUUGGCCUGUUGGUAUUCAACCUGCGUGUAAUGCGACAAUGAUGCAAAACAUAUAUUAUAAGAUUUUGUACAAUGAUUGCUCUCACCAUAUAGCAAUAUACUACUUUAUCGAAUCGAUCACAAAUCCAGAUUGCUUAUUUGUGUCCAGCAAAACAAAAGAACGAGCCAGCAGGGUAAUUACGGAAGAUUUUGAUCCAAAACAAGAUUCAGUAUUGGGAUUUGAUACAUUCAAGUAUAAUACUCGAGGAAAACUUCACAUCGUAACUAAUAAAUAUGCCCCUUACUGUAGAAAAGCUCCAUCAGAAACCCCCUGUGAAUGAAAUUUUUUGCAGUGAUACCAAUUUCAAGAUUACUUAAACGAUAAUUUUUAUGAAUUCAAGUGAAUUAUAUCAUUAUUUUAAACGUCAAUGCAGCUAAUAAGUAUGUAAUAAACGGGUCUUGGCGAUUUUAAACAUCACAACUGUUUAAUAAAUUUUGUAAAUAACGGUCA